GAGGGAGUACGGACGCACUACGUAAGAUCGGAAUGGCCACCUCGGAUUUCGUUUUGGGCGGUGUGGCUGCCAUGGGUGCUGGUCUUUUCACCAAUCCGGUGGAAGUGAUCAAGACUCGCAUUCAACUGCAGGGAGAACUGGCCGCCAAAGGAUCACAUGCUCAGCCUUAUCGAAGUGUAUUCCAGGCCUUUGUUACAGUGGCCAAAAAUGAUGGAAUCAUGGGCUUGCAGAAGGGUCUGGCACCAGCUUUAUGCUUCCAAUUUGUUAUAAACUCUUUCAGACUGAGCAUUUAUACGCAUGCUUUGGAGCAAGGCUGGGUGCACAAUAGCAAAAAGGAGAUCUCGUUUUCUCGGGGACUUUUCUGGGGCGCCUUGGGCGGCGUUGUGGGGUCCUAUGCCGCCAGUCCUUUCUUUAUGAUCAAGACCCAACUCCAGGCACAGGCCGCCAAGCAGAUCGCCGUUGGUUAUCAGCAUCCGCACACCUCGAUGAGCGAUGCGAUAAGACAGAUAUACCGGAGGAGCGGCGUUUUCGGACUCUGGCGCGGAUCUAUGGCCAAUGUGGGCAGGGCAACGGUAGCAUCCGCUGUUCAAAUCGCCACCUUCGGACAGGCCAAAUCAAUGCUCAAGGACAGUGGUCUAGUUAGUCAUCCCACCUUACUGUCCUUUUGCUCUGGGCUGACGGCUGGAUCGUUUGUUUCCAUUGCCAUCACUCCGCUGGAUGUGAUCACAACCAGACUAUAUAAUCAGGGAUUGGACGCUCAAGGCAGGGGCCUUUACUACAGGGGAUGGCUGGACUGUGUCCUUAAGAUCCUUCGCUCGGAGGGAUUGCACGGCUUUUACAAGGGUUUCUGGCCUAUAUAUUUACGAAGUGCUCCCUACUCGACUCUGGUUCUAUCCUUCUUCGACGAACUCAUUUCGCUAAGAGAAAAGUAUAAUCUUCAUUAGGAAAUUAUAAAAAUAAAAAUAAAAUA